AUGGAAAAAGACAGUGAAGAUUCCGAAGUGCCUCUACUUGAUCAAAGCACCAAAAGCGAUGGCGUGGGCCCGGCUAUGACGUGCCCCUGCCGUAAUGCCUCUACCCCUAUUCGAUCGUGGACAAAAGCAAUUUUACUUGUAACAUUUUCGUUGUUAGUAUACAUUGCUGUACUAUUGACGAUCAUUGUUGUAAACGGUACUGCUCAACCAGUGCGAAAGGAGUUAUCUUUGCCAAUGCGUGACCGCUUCACGCUACCGAGAGAUCUUCUAGAGUUUGAGGAGAGGCAAGGCUGGUACGCGCUUCAGCAUCCAUGGAACCAGGGGCCGUCUGAUGAAGUUGAUAAAUUAUGGGGUGAUAUGUUAUAUGCGCUUAAUAUCCGGAUCAAAAAGGAGGAGGUAGACUUCCUUGGCUUAAACACAACGAACCGCGUCCAGCUCAAUGGGGGCGACUAUCUUGGAGUGAUAGGAGGUUAUCAUCACCUUCACUGUCUCAACAACAUGCGCAUAGCGAUACACUGGGAUUACUACAAAGAUAAGUACGGGAACUACAGCCGCCAGGAAGUUUUCAGUAGGGAACACUCAGACCAUUGUAUUGAUACGAUCCGACAAGCGCUGAUGUGCAACACGAACACCGAGGUCCAUACCGCAGAGUGGCAGGAUAGAGCUCAUGAGUUAGGAGACAAGGAGUUAAGCGGACAGUCUACGACUACCUGUCUGAAAUGGGAGAGUCUUGACAAGUGGGCGCGUUCAAGGGCUCUCAGGCCCGGAGAAUAUACCUUCAGGCCAGGCCCGUAUUAUGGGAAGAUUUAUGACUCCUAAGAUUUGAGUGCUUAUCGAAUAAGGGGUGGCGCAUUGAAACAGCGAAUUAGGUUUACUAUUAACGGAGACUUUUAAGGUGCUCGAAGUGUUUUCUUGGAUUAUUCUAUCUUUAUCUUCAUCGUCGAUAGUUCAAAACUACUUUAUAGGUACUCGAGUUGUCAACAUCGAGAUUUCUUACGACUUUUCAUGUUCUUCUAGGACCGUGAAGAUCGUCGAGAUAUACCU